CCUCUUCUCCCGUCGGAUUACAGCCGAAGCAGCACGCUAAGGGACGCUUACCAAGCCAUAAAACGUCGAAUAAACCCAAUAUUAUCAAAGUCGGUAGGGUACAUUGUCCUCCAGCAUGCCAAAGAAAAGAGAAGAGACGCCUUUUAAUAAAGAAAUGGAUCAGUCUCAGCCAAACCGUCAGCAAGGAGGAGUCCCUCAGCAUGCUGUACCAGUGGGGACCUUCAGGCAGGGUAAUAAUCCCAGAAUGGAGGAAAGCAUCAUCAGUGGAGACAAAGUACAGUUUGGGAGGCUGCACAGACGCACACGUUUGUCGGAGGGCCACAGCUCUGGGGCUGAAGAGGAGCGGUUAAGCACCUCCAUGGAAGGACGUGGCUGGUAUGGUCAAAGUCCUGUCCUCCAGGGCAUGCAGGCAGAGGGAAUCUUGCCCAACCGCAGCACCCAUGAGCAGAACGAGAGGAACUACCAACGGCGGCUCCCCUCUAAUGGCAAUGGACCGCUGUCCUCCUCUCCGAGAAGUCCAAACACCAGACGCUACAUGACCUUCCAGUCCAAACGUAGCCGCGGUCAACAGCAGGAUCAGGGUCACCCCGGCACCACUGUGAAGGCCUCUGCUACCCCACACCGUCGGUACAGUAGAGGCCGCAAUCGCACCUCCUCUGAGACAGAGCAGGGGAGCAAAGGCAGCUGGGGGCCGACCCAGAGGAGGAAGGUCUUCUCUGAGACGGAAAGCAGGCCUAGAUGGGACAAUACCAAAAUGAGUGGACUGCAGUGCCUCGCCUCAGAGAACAUCUGGUUCGACAAACAAUGCUACGAUGAGGCCGAAAAGUGCUUCUACGAGGGACCCAACGGACCCUCUGCACAGGCGAAAACGGCCCUGCAGCAGCCCAAAGGGCGCCAGCAGAAGCAGCGGCACAGAACCUCGUCCUCACAUGCAGGGGGAGACCAGGAGCUGGUGUCACGCAUGAAGAGCAUGGAACUGGAGAACAACACUCUGCACAAAGUGGUGACGGAGAUGAGAGCAGCCCUGCAGAAGUUGGAGUCCAGAGUGGCUGUGCUGGAAAAGAGCCCAGCAGCCGUCCCAUGUGCUAAGGUCAAAACGGCCCUGCAGCAGCCCAAAGGACAAAAGCAGAAGCAGCGGCACAGAGAUGCUGUUCCAGUCCAGGCUGCUCCACAGGUGGAAAAUGGUGAUGACGAUGAAGACGAUGACAUGGACUUGUUCGGCAGUGAUGAUGAAGACGAUGAGGCAGCACAGCUCAAGCAGGAGCGCCUGGAUGCCUAUGCAGCCAAGAAGUCCAAGAAACCCACCCUCAUCGCCAAGUCAUCUAUCCUGUUGGACGUCAAGCCUUGGGACGAUGAGACUGAUAUGGUGAAGCUGGAGGAGUGUGUGCGCUCGGUGCAGGUCGACGGGCUCCUGUGGGGACAAUCCAAACUGCUUCCAGUUGGCUACGGCAUCAAGAAGCUGCAGAUCAACUGCGUAGUCGAGGACGACAAAGUCGGCACCGACAUCCUGGAGGAGGAGAUCACCAAGUUCGAGGACUAUAUCCAGAGUGUAGAUGUUGCUGCCUUCAAUAAGAUCUAAGCUCCAGCAAAGUGUUGCUGCUCCCAAUGUUAUUAAAAUGUUAAAGUUGAGCAAAAA